CGAACAUCCCCUCCUCCCUAGAGUAGAUGUGCACACUGGUUGCCAUGUCCCGGACACUGAAGCUUCAGUGCUUAGCGAGCUCUACCUUGGUCGUGAAAUCUUUCUGCGUUCUAUCCUCCUUCCAAUAUAUAUCCUAGUUUUAGCACAUUUCUUGGAGCUUAUUAGAAAUGAAGAGGCUUUUUAGGGUGGGUAGAACCAGUUAUAUCUGAACCAUUUUACUUGCCCACUUCCGUCCCUGCAACACAUGUCGGUUUGCCGUUUGCCUGGCAAACCGAAGGGAGUGCAAAACGGCAUUGUGGGGGUGCCUUACCGCCUACCUUCUCUGGUCAAAACAAAUACAGAGCAUUCCAGACCGGAAUUAAAACUUGGAGGGGGGGGGGCAAACCGGCUGCUGCAUUGUUGUCAGAGAAGCCAGCACUUCAACAUAGCAUGUUUCCAAAAUGUCUAAUGAUAUAGUAAAAUAAUUUUAUGAUUUAAUUCAGUAGAUAUCUUACAUCUGGCCUGUUCAACUGGUGGCCCAGGGGCCAACUCCGGCCCACGGAUGACAUCAGACUGGCCCGCGGCUCAUUGUGAUUCCCUCAGUCGGCUGCAGAUCUCCGAGCUGCUGAGAUGGAGGAAGCGUACAGUGAGCUGUACCAGCAGUUUCUUCGCUUGAGGUCACUCUGCCUGAGACAGGCCGCUCUGUUACAUCAACUCACAGCUUCUCAACAGAGUCCACAAGGCGUCCCUGUUCCUCAUAGAGAGAGUGAUAUGAUGUCCAUCCCUAUCCAGUGCAGCCAAGAAAUCCCUGUCUGUCUCCAUGAAAAGCCUCAACAGCAUGCAGUCACAGCACACAACUCUGCAGCUCAGUGCUACAUCAAUGAACCCUCUAGAAAUGUGGAGAAUUUCCCCGAUCUUCUUGCUGGAGAUAUGUUCAAGCUCUGUUUGGAUUUGCCUCCUCAAAGAAAGGAAGAUGAUAACUUCGAACAAAAGGUCUCACCCCUGUUAAGCGAGGACUCCACAAGGUGGCAGGGAGCCUCUUCAUGUGUCUCAACAAAUCUGAGUCAAACAGAUGGUUUCGGUAGAGACAUGACGAUGCACACUGCAGCAAUGCCUGUGUCAGCAGGUCCUACCCUGGCUGGUGACUUCCUAUGUCCGUCUAGCGGGAUGCUGAUGUCAGACGUAGCGCUUCAGUCUCAUGUUUGCGAGUUCUGCCAGGCGGUUUUCCCCGGAGACACAACCACCAAAGGGGAUUUUCUGAAACAUCUUUACACCCAUGUCACCUAAACCGAUCUGAGCUUUUCCUCGACAUGAGUUUUGUGUUCUUAAAGAUAUUUUGUGAUGGAUCAGGUACUACUGCUAACCUGAUCUCUAAACAAAGCAAAGAUGACCAGUACUUCAUAAAGCUUCUGUUUGCCUUUGGUAGAACUGAGAAGAUGCUGGCGACAUUUUCAUAAUGACACAUGUAAAAUGAAAGUUGGAAUUAGGCUUCAUACAGUAGCUACCUCACAAAAAAACAUGUUUUUACACUUACAGUUAUGGAACUACAUGUAGCCAAAAUAUUUUAUUCUUAUAUCUUUUACUGUGAUUUAUGCCCAGUUUGGGUUAGCCAGAUGUAUGAUAUAAUUAGGGAUCACUGGAUCACACUUUACAGUCCAAACACCUGUUGCUCUGUCAGUUUUUGUAGGGCUAUUAUAUUUGUAGAUAGUAAUGUAAACCUAAAUCAAUCCAGACCUCGUAAAAACACACCGUUAUUUCCUUGACACUACUGUCAGUCAUGCUAUGUAUGUGUAGACCACCACAUAUUCCAUCUUUACUUAAUAUCUACUGACCAGGAUCCUCCCCAGAUGUAUAAAUGUAACCCCUAACCACAGCCGAAUACACAGCCUUGUCAAAUGUACUGCUGUCUGCUUUGGUGACAAAAAAAAAAGGAGCUCUGCAACUUGAGAUUUUUUUAAGAGCAUCUCGAUUAUGAUUUCUUCAGAUUGAAAUCCCUUAAAAAACUCUGUCAAAAUCAUCAUCAACACCAGCUGCUCACAGCAUGCAACUGAGAAGUUAGAGUUGAAAUUUGAAUGCUCAAGCUAAUGAUCCUUGAAGAAUAUUUUAAUAUUUAAUUUUAGAAAAUAAAGUUUCGGUUUUCAAUGAAUGGUCCUCCUGCUGCCAUCUGAUCAUCUUGAAAGAUACACAAAGAAGUAAAUCACUGAUGGUGUACUGCUGAUUGAUGAUGUUGUCAAACUAACUGCAGAUCAAAAAAUCCCAUUAGAGAAAAAAGACUUAGAUGUAUUGUUUCUACAUAUUAAAAAAGGUAAAAGCUACUUUAGUUAGCUACUAGUUUUACUUUAGGCUCAAACAUGAAUGUUAACUUAACUAGGACGUGGCUAAAUGCUAAGGUUAGCAGUAGCUAAGGGGUUAUUUGUUUUAACCCAUAAGGUCCGUUGUGUCACCGGAUUUUCAGUAUCCAGUUUUACUUUGUCAUCAAUCGGGAAGCUCUGAAAUGAAAACAAUUGCUCAGAUUUGUAAAAAAACAGACAUCCAUGUCACCUCUCGCACUCUUUAAGUGUAAUUUAAUGACAGCAAUGUCUACAGUGUAGCCAUGUUAGCAACAUACAGACAGCAGUGCUUUGAGCUGAAUCCUAAUGUCAGCUAGCCCAGUCCCUAGGAUAAUAUUAACAUGCUGAUGUACGUAUAAUGUUUACUAGCUUAGCUUAUUUUAGCUUGUUAGCAAUCGAAUAUUAGCUUAUCAGUGAUAAGCUGGUAAACAAAAACAAAACUGUGGCUGGUUUGAGUGUCAUUAGCUUUGCAGGUAAUUGUUAAUUCAUGAAACUGGGUCUGGUAUUCAAACAGACUGUAGCCUAUGUUAAUUAUGUGAACAAACUGAAACUGCUGUGAGAUUAACUAUGUUAUUGAUCGUUUUCAACUUUAAAACUGAAUUCUGA